GAAGCAGAAGAAGACGUUUGCGCAUGCGUACGCGCAGUAAAAGCAGCAACACCAAAGCAGGCUCGAGCCUUAUGAAAUAAUGUUUUGGUUUAAUGGCAGCAUUCCCGAUGCCAUUAAUUUGGCAAAACAGCGGAGUUUUGUCUUUGUCGUCGUCAUUGUUGGGGAAGAUGAACAAUCUGCAAACUUGAUGUCCAGCUGGGAGGACGUCUCAGAGACUGCUCACAACGGUUGUGUGGCCGUUAAAGUCGACGCCAAGAGUGAUACUUGUGUGCAGUUCUCCCAGAUUUAUCCAGUGGUGUGCAUUCCCUCCAGUUUCUUUAUUGGAGAGAAUGGUAUCCCCUUGGAGGUCAUCGCCGGCAGCGUGUCUGCCACAGAACUUGAGAUUAGAAUCAACAAAGUGAAGCAGAUGCACGCUCAGCAAAUUGGUAAGCAGCAACAGGAAGCAACGGCUCCUGUGAUCAGCGCAACGCAACCUACCCUGGCUGCACCCUUUGUUGCAUCUGUGUCCACCAUAUCAACAGAGGAAGCAGUGGAAGGCUUAGAGCCUGGACAGGGAUGUGAAGCUGCUGCCUGCAGCCAGUCAGCUGCAGAGAAUGGAUGUCCAGAUACCAGUUUAUGUUGUCCAGAUGAAACAAACCCGGAUGCAAAAGUGGAAAGAGUAAACAAACCGGAGGGCAAGCAAAAAACUGCAUUAGAAGAUGAGUGCCGAGCGGAAAGAGCAGCCAUUUAUGCCAAAUUCUUGGAAGAAAAGGCUAAGAAAGUAGCACAGCAGGCCGAACAGGCGGAGGAGGAAGCAAGGAAGGCCGCUGUUGUGAGGCAAAGGAGCACCAUUGCAAGGCUCCAGUUUCGCCUCCCAGAUGGAUCAUCCUUCACCAACCAGUUCUCCUCUCAGAGCAAACUGCAAGAAGCUUAUCAGUUUGCUGUUCAGGAGGUUGGAAACCGCUAUGGUAACUUCUCCAUGGCCACCAUGUUUCCUCGACGGGAAUUCACCAGUGAAGAUUUUAAUAAGACGUUACUGGAACUAGAUCUUGCUCCAAGUUCUUCCAUUGUCCUUGUGCCUUGUGGCAGGGCUUCUUCAGUGGUUCCAUCCUCGGGAGGUGGUAUCUGGGCGGUUCUGAACACACUCUUCCACCCAAUUCUCAGCGUAUGGCGAUUCCUAAGCUCUUGGAUGUUUGCACCUGCACCGCAAGAAACAUCCAGAAGAUCUUUCCCCUCGUCUCACUCUCACACCAACUCAGCAACGCGCUCUGAUAAAACCAAAAUAGACCCUCUCUCCGUCCCUCCUGAGAAACAGCCCAAGAACUUCAAGAAAGACGGGAAAAUCUGCCAGCUCAAGACUCACGAGGAUAGCGAGGACGACAACAACACCUGGAACGGGAACUCAACUCAGCAAAUGUAGCUUUGCAACAGCUUUCUUUCUGUGCAUCUGCUCUGACCCAGACCCUCUCCCCCCACUUUAGUCAGUGACUUAGCAGUCAUCGAUUGCGUUCUACUAUUGUUUUCUUUAAUUACACCAGAUUUGGAACUUGCAUGGUUAAAUCGGUAAGUUCUAUUUUCUUCCCCUCAUAAUUGUUGACUAUAACAAACUUGAUUCUAAAACAUCCCGACACAUGAACUUGGAAGUUAGUGGAAAACGUUUCAGAUAUAGACAUAUACAGUCAAACCUGUCUAUAGCGGCCGCUGAAGGGAAACGGCAAAAGCGGCCACUAUAGACAGGUUGGUGGCCAUUUUGAAUUUGUGUGCACACAUAUUAACAUGUUCACAAAAAAUAAAAAUUUAGUGUUUAAAAAUAAUUUUUAAAAUUAAAUCAAAGAAGGUAAUAAAAUUAUAAAAAUAUAAGUAGCCGAGAAAUAUUUUUAAAAAUUAAUUUUGUCACGUUUGGUUGCUGCUGCCGAAAGCUUGACCCCCGGUAUGCAGAGACGAGGCGGUGGCGUGCAAAAAUAAGGAAUCUUUAAUGAAAUCGGCACAGGUAUUCACAAAAAGACUGGAGCAAAACCAAAAGAGACAGGGGGGGAAAACGCUCUGUUGACACAAACAGGUAGGUGAAUCCUCCGGUGAGGAAACUAGUAAUAUCAAUAACAACAAUGAACCAGCGCCGCACAUUCGACGGCGCUGGCCUUUUAUCCGCCACAAAUGUUAAUUGAGUGCAGCUGCGCGGCCACCAGGCAUGAAGCGGCUGCCUCUUCCUCCCCGGAGAAGGCACAGCCUGCCGGGACGCUCACUCCUGUCCUGCAGAAGGUCACCAAUUUCCAUCUUUGAUUUUUUUUUAAACACGAUUUUAAAAGCAAAAAAUAAAAAUUUUAGUGAACGAGCCUGAGGAAUGGGAUCGAAGGAUACGCAUGAAGCAGUCAUGAAUGGGUGUGUACGUGAACAAUAGAGUGCGGAGGGGGGCGAAGAUUGUCGUAAACUAACAAUACCAUCGCUCCUUUCUUAUUGAAUGGGCUUCUAAUCUCUAAUUACUCGGCAAUUAAGUGAAAUUUUAGAUGUUUUAUUCAGGUGUUUUGGCCAUUUUAGAAUCUAUUCACGGCAUUGCCAAGUGGGAAGAUUACUGUUUUGGCCGUCACUGAAUCUUUUCAGGGCGGCAUUGCAAAGUAAGAAGACGGCUUUUUUUUCUGUGGAACAACUGACAGUUUGUGUGGAUCUUGUGAAUGAUUGUGACUGAGCUAGGACUCAGUAAUCAAAGUCUACACACGACGGCUUCAUUGCUUAAAAAACGAAACUUUUUCGUGCAUGAAGCUUCUGCUUGAGUCGGUAUUUUGGCCGCUAUAUGCAGUCAGAUAUUGACCAAGGGAGACAAAAUGGGUGGCUGCUGGCUGCGUUGGACGGGUGACCGCUAUACACGGGGCCUAUAACACGCAUAUUUUCUGCGGGGGAUUUUUCAGUGGCCGUUAUAGACAGGUGGCCGCUAAGACAGGUUUGACUACAUAUAUCUGUAUAUAUAUGACAAAACUUGACUUACACAUUGAAUGACAUUUUAUGAGAUGAGCAGUUUACAAAAAUAAUAUUUACAAUGAUAGUGGAAUAAUUUCAAAGUGCUACUGUAUGUUUCUGUUGACUGUGUAGGUGUGUGCUUCAUCCAACACUGAAAAUAAAAAUAUUGAG